AUGUCAGGAGAAUCCAGGGAUAUCGUCAAAGCACUCGAAAGCGUCCUGACCCGCCUAAGCGAGCACCCCUAUCCUCACGUUCCUAACCCGCAAGGCUGUGAGAAGCGAGCCAGCGUCGCUGCCAUCAUUCGCGUCCGACCCGCCUACGCUCCUAUCCCUUCUUCCAGAGACUCUCUCGUAGCAGUCAGCGAGUCUGCCACUCCUCCAACCACAAUCCAUGAAUUCUUCUCGCAAGACUGGGUCCAGCAAGGCGACCCUGAGCUUCUCUUCAUUAAACGCGCUGGUCGGGCUGGGGACAGAUGGUCAGGCCACACGGCAUUGCCAGGGGGAAAGCGAGACCCCGAGGAUGCAGAUGAUCUGGCUGCAGCAGUAAGAGAAACAAGGGAAGAGAUUGGCCUGGACCUGGAAACCACACAAUGUCUUCAUGCAGGCAAUCUGCCCGAGAGGCUGGUCACGACAUCCUGGGGCAAGGAUGUUCUCAUGGUGCUAUGUCCUUACAUAUUCCUCCUUACUGGGAAGACCUCUCCCUCUAUCCAGCCACAGCCCACCGAAGUCGCAUCUGUACAUUGGGUCUCGUUGCGUGCAUUGUUAUCCCCAUCACUCCGGACAAGAGAGGCGGUUGAUAUAUCGAGUAGGAUGGCCAAGCACGUUGGCCCAUUACUACACAGAUUGAUCCGCUUGAGUAUUGGCAAGAUGUUGUUCAGCGCGGUUCGACUUGUUCCCACGGAGUCCAUAUAUGCCAGUUCAAUACCUGGCUUUAUUCCUACGGAAGGCGGCGACAAGCUGUUCACGAUGUCAAGCUGGGCCCAAGCACCAUUUGGCAUCCCUUCGUCCUCUCAAUCUCUCACUCAUCAGCAACCUAUCCUCCUCUGGGGUCUCACGCUCGGCGUCCUCGCAGACCUGCUUGACCAACUCCCGCCAUUUAAUGCUGUUGCCUUAUGGGAGUAUCCUACGUUUACUGUCCCGGACCUUCGUCUCAUUGUCUAUAUCAUGACCUGUCAGUUCAGAAAAGCUUCUGCGGAGUCAUUGUCCUCGGGCUCCUGGCCCAGUCAGACAGCUGUGGACGCGACGACAGAAGCGACAGCCGUAACCACGUCUGAGCCGGCCCCUACGGUUUCGGAAGCCGAGCCUCUCAAGCUCACCAAGCAGCCGUCGUUUGAGAAACACAGUGUUGGCAUCGGCGGAUUGGGCGUGGGAUCAGAUCCCCAGCACGCUGUUGGGAAGCUACUUCAUGGGUACUACGACCGAUUAAAUGUGGCCAUUGCGGUAUUUCUAGCCUAUAGAACUGCCAUUUUGGCGGGGGCCGCCAUCUGGGCCUUUAGGCUCUGGAAACGACGUCGAGGUGCGAAUAUAUGA